AUGGCCAGGCCACCGCGCGGAGAUGAUCCGCGAGCGCGGCACAGCCCACCCGGCAACUGGGGCAGCCGCUGGUGCCCGGGCAUUUCCCAGAAGCUUGGGUGCCGCUGCAUCCAAGUCGGCGUUGAGAUUGCGGCCCUCGAUGUUGAGGCGGCGUUCUCGCACCCUUUCCAGGGAGACGCGGGCGUCUUCACCCGCACGCCUGCGGUUGAGCUCCGCCCGCAGGGCCCCAUCCGCACCGCAUUAGUCCCCGCCUCCCCGUGGCGCACCUACACGCUCCAGGAGGCCGCGGCCUUCGCCGCCGCCGCGGGCAAGGGCACCGUGCUCCUCGCCGCGGUCUCUGGACCCUAUCUCCCCUUCCUCAGUUCCUCUCCAACUGGCUCGUCAGCGUCCGCUGCGCCGGCCGCGGGGACCAGGUGCUCGUCAUCGCCAAGGAUUACGAGACACCCGACCGCAUCAACGCCGAGUGGCCAGGCCACGCCGUCCUCGUGCCCCCCGCGCCCGACGCUCAGGCCGCCCACAAGUUUGGGUCCCAGGGGUUCUUCAACUUCACCCCGCGCCGUCCGCGGCAUCUGCUACAGAUUCUUGAGCUUGGGUGAAACCACUCGACCAUUCACAAUUUCACAUGAGCUGCCAUGGUCGAAGCAGAGGAAGUCAAAUGACCAGCCAGCUUUCAACUGGGCUUUGAACAAGACUGCUGAGCAGGUUGACGUGUACCUCCUGCCUGGCUGCCUCAGUCUGCAUUUCCAACCGGAGGCCUAUAUUUCAAGAAUAAAACAUGGGUCAAGGACACGAAGGGCAAGCAUGUCAUCGUACAUAAUAAUUAAUAACUACAUCACAGGGUUUGAGAAGAAGAUAAAACGGUUCCGUGAUCAUGGGCUGUGGUUGGUAGAUGAUCACAGCCACGAGUCACCGCUGGGCAGGAUAUGAGCAUGCUCUCAAGGGGCUGAAGCACAUCUCUCCUCGCGACAGGCGACAGCAUCACAGUUUUGUAGCUGCAUUUUGACUCGAGAAGCCAGUUUCUGCCGAACCAAACAUGGGAAAAUGUUCGGUCCACCACACAAGAUGCAGCACCCGAAGAUCAAAUCCCUGUGCAGAAGAUAUUAUUUACCAAUUGCUAACCUCUUGUUUGAUCUGUAUGUCAAGCCCUUGUAGAGGUUUCAUUUCCCAUGAGUCGAUGGUGAUUGUUGUUUCUAUUUGUUCAUAUUGAAAAUGUUAUGUUGAGGGAAACAGUAAGACGUUAAGAGCCUUGCUGAACAGAUCAGUUGGUAGUGCAUUGGUUGACUCACUUUCUGUAUAGCAUAGACUCUUUUAGCCUUAUCCUGUAUCAUAAUCACUGAAUGUAAGUUAACAUUUUCAGCUAUAUAUAGAGAGGUUGAGCGAAUCUGUAAACUAA